AUGAUACAAAGACAUGUUAGAGAAGAUGAAACGAAGUCGAAAGAAAAAUCAAAUAGUAACAUUUCUCCAAUUUUAAGCGAAAUCAUGAAGGGAUUUAUAAUUUUGUUAUUAGCUACUGUUGGAGUUUCUGUCGCUGCUCCACAAUACAACUAUCAACCAGUUGGUCAUGGCGGUGGAUCAUUUUUAGGCGGUGGUGGUGCUGCUGGUAAUUUUGGUUUAUCACCAAGCUUUGGUGGCGGAUUUUCCCAUGGUGGUAUUGGUUCUCAUGGUGCAAAUGUUAUACAAAGUAACCAUCAACCAAUUGUAUCAAAACAAUUUUAUAUUCACUCUGCUCCAGAGGAGCAUGAUGAUGGUGGUGCCGAUAAAGUUAUUAAUUUAGGGCCUUCACGUAAAAACUAUCGUGUUGUAUUUAUUAAGGCGCCAAAUGCUGCUGUUGGUGGAGGACGUAUUCGGUUCCAAGCACCAGCUAAUGAAGAAAAGACUGUAAUUUAUGUAUUAAGUAAGAAAACCGAUUUGGCUGAUAUUCAAGCUGAUGUACAACAGAGUCAUGCACAAAAUACUAAACCAGAAGUUCAUUUCAUUAAAUACAAGACUAACGAGGAAGCUGCUCAUGCUCAAAGAACAAUUCAGGCACAAUAUGAUCAAUUGGGUGGUACAUCUCAAGUUUCUGAUGAAGGCGUUGCACCAGUACAAUCGUUCAUUGGUGCUUUGGGUGAUAGUAAUGCUCCAGCAGCUAGCCAAAUUGCUGGUACAGGUGCAUCAUUCGGUUCUACGGGGGCUGGUUUUAGUGGUGGAAUUGGUGGUGGAGUUAGCGCUGGUUCUAGUUCUUAUUUACCACCCAGUAUAUAA